CUGCCAUGCUGGUUCGUGAGGUUAGGAAACCUCUUUCUUCUUUCAAGGUUUUUAGCAGUUCUUGUGCCGCUAAUAUUCUCGUAAAACCUUCUGUUACUCGUCAGUGCUUUAUACUAUGGAAGAGAUGUUACAGUUUAGAUCAAAGCAACACAGAAAGUGUCGAAAAUUCGCCUGGAAAUUCUCCGAAAAACCUUUUUGAGGUUUUCCAAAGGAAUUCUUCUUUACUAACAGGAAAAAAGCUGGAACAAAUACCACUAACUAGAGAGGAUGUAGAAAAAGAAAUAAAGAAGCAGAGUAGAUUUCAAAGGAGAAAUGUCGUGCGUAUUGAUCCGAGUAAUGUUGGAUGGACUAGUGGGUCCAAGCGARUAGGAGCCAUUGGCGUCAAACUGGGCAUGUCUGCCUUGUGGAUGAAGGAUGGGAGAAGAGUCCCUGUCACUUUGAUCCAGAUUAAGGAGUGCCAGGUGAUACAAGCCAGGGCAUCAAAGAGUAUUGGUGGGAAAGAUCCUCAGACAGAGCUUCAAGUUGGAGCUAUAAAUGAACCAGAAUUGCAUAAGGUAAAAAAAGCUCAGUAUGGACACUUCAAAAAUUUUGGUGUUCCUCCAAAGAAGAAAGUUUGCAGCUUUGAAGUCACAAGAAAUGCCCUUCUACAUCCAGGAACAGUCAUCAGUGCUGCACAUUUUUGUCCUGGACAAUAUGUUAAAAUCCAAGGCAUAACAAAAGACCAUGGAUUUCAGGGAGUCAUGAAACGAUGGGGAAUGAAGGGUCAGCCCAAGUCUCAUGGUCAGUCAAAGACUCACAGGAAAAUGGGAGCCACUGGAGGUGGCCAGGACCCUGGCAGGAUCUGGCCUGGUAAGAGAAUGGCAGGACAAAUGGGGAAAAAGAACUGUACUCUUUUUGCUGUUCGGGUUCAUAGAAUCAACACCAAGUACAGUGUAUUGUAUGUGCAAGGUCAGUGUCCAGGAAACAAAGGUGACUUCCUUAAAAUAAGCGAUGCCUGGAAAAAGUUUGCAACUCCUCCACCAUUCCCAACAUAUUUCCCUGAGAAAGAAGAGACACCAGAGGAUUUGUAUGCUGAUUAUAUACAACCUUUCAAUGAAGAAUCAAUAACAUUUGAAGAAAAGAAAAGAAAGAGACAGUAACAACUCAGUACUCUGCAUAGCAACUGCAGACAUUUUCUGGAACUACAAAAAGGCAAGACUUUUCUCAUUGUCCAUUUGUAAAUAAUAAUGAAAAACACUUAUGAAAAUAAAACCUUAUAAUUCACAAA